UGCGAUGAUUACGUUAUACAAUUGCUGCAAGUGCAAAGACUGGUAGAUGAAAUACGCAGCUUGUAGACUGCGCAAGAACCAGAAACAAGUAAUACUCUCUUUGCGACUUACCACAUCUCAAUGCAUGCAUGAAGUAUUGCUGUGAUGCAUAUAGACUAGCUUAUCGGCCAACCUAGGUACAGUGCACAGCUGUCGUCUUUUUAUUGGACUGGCUAACUUGCUUUUUUAUACGCGCCCAGUCGCGUUUAUAUGUCCAUUCGCGUUGGUGUGUUUAUUCGUGUUUGACAUAUUCACACUUGAUAGUAGCAGGCGCUCACCAUGGCCAUGUCAAAAGACGGCAUAGCUAUUGCCGGCGGCGGAAUGUUUGGCCUCUACAGCGCUCGAGCUCUUCACAAAGAGCUACACAGCAUUGUCGUUUUGGACAAGGACGAGGGAAUUCCGUCUGCAUGGUCUGCCGAAACAAGCUGAGUAAGAUUAUGUGGGUCGAGUACAGAGACGAGUGUUUUAGCCAUCUGGCUAUCGUGGUGACGGCGGGCAUUGGGACUCAAGUAUCCGCCAGAUCAUGGCCUUUUGCACAUAACCGUCUCACGGAUGACGAGGUUGCAGCGCUCCGUGGUAUUCCGGUAACAUGUGCCCGUGAUAUGGGUUUCUUGUUCGGACCCGAUUCAAGACCAAGCGCUGGCAGAAAAAGCACUUGCUGGAUCGCGGAUACUGCUGCUUGUCGACUACGCAGCGGACAUGCCCUCUUGGUCAUGGGUGUGUCUGGCAGCUCGGGGCCUGGUGAAAACGAUGUCGUUGGUGGGACAUGGGUGAUCAACGUCGUAAGCUCGCCUGAUGCAAACAAGGAAUAUUGGGGUGGCGCUGGCGGGGCCCGAGAAGGAAGAAAGAGGCGAGACGUCUGGCCGUGAUAUGAGCGGACGGAUAGGCGAGC